AUAACGUACAAGCAAUAUAAAUAUUCCAUUUCUACAAACAAAAAUAAAACUUGACGUGUAUCAAAUGUCACAAAUACCACGUAUGAAUUUAACUGACACUGACAGUUGACGGAUCGGGUCCCUGUAAUUAAUUGUACCUAGGUAUAAUGGUAUACGUAAAAUAUGUAAUGUAUGUCAUUAACAAAGAUCGAAUGCGAGAACCCUAUAUUUUUAUCUUGAUCUACGUCAUUUGCCGAUGUAGAUUAGAUAGUAGAUCUUGUUAUAACGGAAUACCUAUACAAAAUACCUACCUACUGAGAAAUACGAUUCUAGAUAUGAUUACCGGUACUCAAAUACAAAAGUAUUUAUAGUAAUCAAAGUAACGAAUACUGUAAAUUAUUACUUUAUACAAAAGUAACGAUUUGUAACGAAUACUCGAAAGUAACUAUAAUUAAUCAACAUCACUACAGAGAAAGCCAGUCCAUUCCAUGGCAUUCGAUACGACGAACACCGAAGUAUAUAAGACGGAGAGAUUCAUUCAGCAGGCCAGUCAGUUAUCGACGCGUAAUAAUUGAAUUUCGAAUUAAGUUGUUUUAUCGCGCGCUCGCCGUGUAUUUUAAAAUGUAUUUAGAGUUAUUGGAAUUAUUAUGUUUAAGUUAGUAAAAUAAUAAAUUAGAUGUGUUAGCUUGAGUUAUUUAUUUACCAAUGAUGUUACCAAUGCAAUCUAAAAUCUCUACGAUUAACCGAAUGCAAACCAUCUUUGACCAACCACCUGUUUCCAACCAAAACAUAACCGAUUCAGACAAUUAUAGUUCCUUCCAAAUAGAUUCAAAUAAUUAUUGUUACCACCAAAAUAGUACUGAAGAGUUAAAGCAACUACCUCGAAGUAUAAACGAUGAACAGAUGAAAUCAACUACCAAAGAAAUAAAAUUUAGUGAUGAAAUUACAAUUGCAAGUAACAAUAAUAAUGAAUAUACUGCCGUGAACAGUACUCUGUAUACUGGAACGUUGACUGAAGUCCAAAUAGAUUCAAAUAAUUCUAGUCGCCACCAAAAUAGUACUGGAGGGUUAAAAGAACUACCUUCAAUUGCAAACGUCGAGCAGCUGAAAUCGAAUGUCACAGAAAUAAAAUUUAGUGAUGAAAUUACAAUUGUAGGUAAAGAUAAUAAUGAAGAUUUUGUAGUGGAAAGCACUCCGCUUACUGAAACGUUGACUGAAGUCCAAAUGGUUUCAAAUAGUUCUAGUUUCCAUCAAAAUAGUACUGGAGAGUUAAAGGAACUACUUUCAAUUGUAAACGCCGAAAAGCUGAAAUCAAAUAUCAAAGAAAUAAAAUUUAUUGAUGAAAUUACAAUCGCAGGUAACAUUAAUAAGGAAGAUUCUUUAGCGGAAAGCACACUGCUUACUGAAACGUUGACUGAAGUCCAAAUAGAUUCAAAUAGUUCUAGUUGCCACCAAAAUAGUACUGGAGGGUUAAAAGAACCACCUUCAAUUGCAAACGUCGAACAGCUGAAAUCAAAUAUCAAAGGAAUAAAAUUUAGUGAUAAAAUUACAAUUGUAGGUAAAGAUAAUAAUGAAGAUUUUGCAGUGGAAAGUACUCUGCCUACUGAAACGUUGACUGAAGUACAAAUGGUUUCAAAUAGUUCUAGUUUCCAUCAAAAUAGUACUGGAGAGUUAAAGGAAUUACAUUCAAUUAAAAACGUCGUACACCUGAAAUCACAUAUCAAAGAAAUAAAAUUUAGUGAUGAAAUUACAAUUGCAGGUAACAUUAAUAAUGAAGAUUCUGUCGCGGAAAGCACUCUGCGUACUGAAACGUUGACUGAAGUCCAAAUAGGUUCAAAUAGUUCUAGUUGCCACCAAAAUAGUACUGGUGAGUUAAAGGAACUACUUUCAAUUGUAAACGUCGAACAGCUGAAAUCAAAUAUCAAAGAAAUAAAAUUUAUUGAUGAAAUUACAAUUGCAGGUAACAUUAAUAAUGAAGAUUCUGUAGCGGAAAGCACUCUGCUCACUGAAACGUUGACUGAAGUCCAAAUAGGUUCAAAUAGUUCUAGUUGCCACCAAAAUAGUACUGAAGGGUUAAAGGAACUACCUUCAAUUGCAAACGUCGAACAGCGAGCGUCGAACAAAAUAACAAUUAAACAUAACAUUAAUAAUGCAAAUUCUGCAGUGAAUGUGCCAGAAACAGAAACGGUAAUUGAAGUCCCAAUGGAUUUAAAGGGUUCUAUUUGUCACCAAAACAAUACUGAAGGAUUAAAGGAAAUAUCUCCAAGUACAAACGUCAUACAGGUGAAACCAAAUAUCAAAGUAAUAUUAGGUGAUGAAAUAACAAUUGCAGAUAACGUUAAUAAUGAAGGUUCUACAAUGAAGAGUUCAUUGCCUACCGAAAUUUUAAUUGAAGAACUCCACAACAGAUCAGACGGCCUUAUUUCUGCAUUAGGUUUAGAGUUAGAUAAAGAACAACCGCAAGAAAUAGUUGCGAAUAUAGAAAGGGACAGAAGUUCUUAUUUUCUGGUUAAUAUACUAGCAGGUACACAAUUCAAAGGAUUUGAUAGGUCAGUGGCUACUAGUGAUGAUAACAAUAGCAAAAUACAAUAUAAACGUAAACAGACAAAAAGCAUUUUAAAGCGAAAGAAUAGUGUGGAAGAAAACAAAGAACCACAAGCUAAAAAAAGAAAAAAAGGCAUUACUUUUGACAGUGUUACCAUCUUCCAAUUUCCCAGAGCGCAAGGUUUUACUUGCAUUCCCACACAGGGUGGUUGCACCUUAGGCAUGGAAGCUCACCAUUCUGAUAAAAAGACGUUCUCCGUAGCGGAACAUGCCUUAGAAAAAAGAAACCGUAGAGAGGUCGUGCAAAAACAUCGAUCUCAUAAACGUAAUGGUACACGUGGAAAGAAAAUAUGUAACGAAAAAACGAACGUUAAGGAUGCGCCAUACGAAGGAUCAGACAAAGACAAUUCAGAUGUAUUACAACGACUCCAUUUAUCUCAGCGAAGAGCUUUGCUACGAGCUGCUGGCGUGACAAGGAUAGAUAUGACAGAAAGUGAUGAGUGUAGGAAUAUUCGAACAUCUAGAAUGUUAUGUGGAUGUGGAUGUAAAGAAAAUUGUGAUCCUGAUACUUGUUCCUGUAGUCAGUCGGGAAUCGAAUGUCAAGUAGAUGCAGAUCAUUUUCCAUGUAAAUGUUCCAGAGAGAACUGUAGGAACUUAAAAGGAAGAAUCGAGUUUAGUAAAGAUAGAGUUAGAAUUCAUUAUACACGUACACUUAUGAGGACAAAUCUCAAUAAACAAGAAGACUGGAUGGCAAGAUUGGAUGGACAAGACCUAACACCCGUACUACAGCAGAACCAAAGUUUCGCGGGUUGUGUCAUCGAUAACUAUUUUAACCCUUAGUCUCCCGACGGUACUUUUUAGAACCACCAAAUUCAGGUACCCUUAAAUCCCAAGUGUUAAAGUAUAUUUUUUAAGAAUGUUUUGUUAAAUAUCAUUUAUUAGUUAUCAACUGAUGUUUAAUACUUCAAAUGUCAUUCAAACGAUUUAGUGUUAAAUACACAAUAAGAUUUAUAGGUUCUUUAAAGGAUCCUUGGAAAGCAACUAUGCUUUUAGCUUAUUUUAAAAAAUUAUGACCGAAAAAAUAAGGCGGACUUAAAAGUACACUUUUAUUAAUCAGUUAUGUAUAUGAAAUAUUUUGUUACGAGAAAGCAACCUUACCUAAGUCAACAAGAAUGUUGGUGCUUCUCUAUAAUGUGAUAAUAAAGUUUAAUGUUUUACAAAA